AUGGCUUGGAGGAUUUGUCUCUUUUUCAUUCUAAUGAGUAUUUGUUCUGAUGUCACUACGGGUUCAAUUUUUGAACAUAUCAAAGGUUCUAUUUCGAAGCUAGAAAAUGAUUUUAACACCAGUCAGUCUGACAUCGCUGAUAAUGGAUCUAUUUUCAUACAUAGAUUUAAGAGCGGACUAUGGAAAGAGGCCAAUGAAAAAAAGAUUUUAUUUGCACAGAUGAUUUCCAUGUACAGCAACAUGUUGAAAAAUAAAACCAAAACUCAAAUUCCAGAGCAUCUCAGAGAGAUAAUAGAAGCCGUUGAACAAUAUAAAACAGAAUUCAGUGAAAGUUUGAAGAAAGCAAAUGAUAUUAUCGAGGUGGCAAAUCUUCCGAUGAAUGAUGUGAAAAUCCAACGCAAGGCAGUAGCUGAACUGUUUCGUGUCUUGUCUGAAGUGAACAUUGAAGAAAAAAAAAGAGAAAGGAGAAGUAGAGGACAAAAUCCAAGAAAGCAGAAGAGACAUAUACCAAAUUUCCGAGGAUGAUAGUCUAUCUUAUUUUAAGACAACCUUUUAAUAUAUAACAUUUAUUUAUUGGUAUUUAUCAGUUUAAAAUAUUAAAUUAUUUAAAAUUUAUAAUAUUAUCUAAGAUUAAUC